AUGAAUACUCCACAUACACCUAUAAAACGUAAUUUUAAUAGUGAAACGGAUCAAAUAGAUAGUGAAUAUGUUACACCAAAAAAAUGUUUAAAAACAAAAGAUACGACAAAACAGAAAAAUAAACGAAUGCAGAAGUAUAAAAGUCAGUGGGAAAUCGAACAUGGUGAUUGGUUAAUUAAUGAUCCACAAAACGAAUAUAAUGGAAAAUGCAAAUUGUGUGGAAUUACAUUUACAAUUGCUUCAGCAGGUAUAGGACAAGUUAAACAACACCUGCAAACAAAACAACUCAAAUCAAAAUAUGAAACUAGGAGAACAUCUGGACUACUUGAGAAAUUCCUUGACUCUUCUUCUGCUUCCACAUCGUCUAGAUGCAGUGAUAAAGAAAAUGUUGUUGCAUCUGAGUUAGCCCUGACAUAUCACACAGUAAAACAUAAUUUGUCUUACAAUAGCAUGGAUUGUACUAUAAAAUUGAAUAAAAUUAUUUAUGCCAAUUCACCUACAGCUAAUGCAAUUCAUCUAGCUAGAACAAAAAUGGAAGCACUAGUUACAGAAGUGUUGGGCCUAUAUUCUUUACAAAAUGUAAUAGAUGCUGUUAAUACAGAUAAUUUGUUUUACUGUUUACAAACAGAUGCUUCUAACAAGAAAAAUAUAAGACUCUUUCCAUUAGUGAUACAAUAUUUUACAGCCAAAAAUGGCAUUGAAAACAAAUUAAUAGAUUUUUAUGAAAAUAGUAAUGAAUCUGCUGAUGGUAUGUUUGAAGCAAUUCAAAAGUCAUUAGAGCAAUACAAAUUAUCUUUUCAUAAUGUAUCUGGGUAA